UUGCAAGGAAGGAGGAACACCACAGCAGCCAGAGGGCUUGGGGGCUUCUCUGUCUCCUUAUGUAGGCAAGGAAGAACCUUCUUUGGUGGAUGCUCCCUGCCUGGGUUUCUCCCACUGAGCCGCCCGCGGGUCUUCCAGUUGCCCUCAACCAUCCAGCUACCAUGCGGAUCUUGGUGCUUCUUGGGAUAACUUUUGCCUCUUUGCCGCUUGUCCUCCAAGCAGACCACCGACGAAAAGGAACAGGUAGUUGGUGCUACGACUCACAAGAUCUGAAAUGUGGCCCUUUGCACUGGAAGGAAAUCAUGCCAACCUGUGGCGGAGAGAACCAGUCACCCAUUAAUAUUGACCGAAGAAAAGCACAGCGGAACAAGGAACUUGAUGAACUCUUGUUUGAAGGGUAUGACCAAGCCCCGCCUGGCAGGUGGAGACUAUCGAACGAUGGACACACAGUCAUCAUGAACCUGGAUGGGGCCUCUGCUGCAGAACAAAUCAAUGUCACCAAAGGAGGACUUCAUGACACGUACCGGGCCUUGCAGUUCCACUUCCAUUGGGGAGACGUUAACAGAAAUGGCUCCGAACACACCUUUGAUGGCAUCCAAUACCCCAUGGAGCUGCACCUCGUCCACAUGAAUGCCAAGUACAAAACUCUCAGCGAAGCCAAAGGUCAUCCCAAUGGACUUGCUGUCUUGAGCUUCUUGUUUAAGGUAUCUGAUGCCGAUAACACCAAUUAUAACACAAUUGUAGCAGGUCUGAAAAACAUUUCGCAGGCAGAGGAUUAUGUCGACUUGGCCUCCACAUUUUCCCUGAGCAACCUCCUGCCCAACAUGGCCUUACUCUCAAAAUAUUACCGCUACAAGGGUUCCCUCACCACUCCGAGUUGUGAUGAAGUGGUCACCUGGACUGUCUUUGAGGAACAGAUCCCGAUCAGCAAGCCACAGCUGAAUGCCUUUGUGAACACCCUUCACUUCAAAAAGGUUGGCGCGACAUCCCUGAAGAUGAUUAACAAUUUCCGUCCUGUCCAGCCUCUUCAUAGUCGCAAAGUCUUUGCCUCCAGAGAUGCCACCAUCAGCUGCUGCACGCCACUUGCUGCCAGUCUCCUCUUCCCUCUGUUUUUGGCUCUUUUGGCCGGCCGGUUCUUGGGCCCCUCCUAGCCAAAUUGGCAGACAGUUGAAGUCCCUCAUGAAUGAUUGAUUCUUCAUGGCAUCUCCAUCCCCAUGUUUCUUCACUGUGGACCUUUUCGAGCCAUUGGGUUGGAUCAAGACCUGGCCAUGCAGACCCCCUGAAAUCAGUAGGCCUUCCAUGCGCCACACCCAUUGAUUUCUGGAGGCCUGUGCUGAGCCUGAUUAAAUCUGGAUCCAAACCAUGGCACUGAAUGAUGCAUGAGUUGGAAGCAAAGAGAUCAGGGAAGCAUACAACGUCCGAUUGCUAUGUUUUGUUGGUGUCUGAAGAGUUGCUUAUGUCCUGCUAUAAGACACCCUUGUACUCCUUGUAGCAGAUAGUUCAGCCAAAAUCAAAGGAAUCCUGUGCCACCGAUGAUGGAGCAGAUGUGGGAUGAGAGUUGUGCCGAUUUUUCAGCAUGGUUGGUUAUUGGGAUGUGCCAGGGAGCAUGUGGGAUUGUGGCGCACAAGCACCUUUCCAUCUGAAUGCGAAACAAAGCUACAGUGGUGU